AUGCAGCUGUCUUCUGUUUUGAGCCUCCUGGCUGUCGGCACGCUGGCAGCGGCCCAGGCUUCCAACAACGUCACGACUGGCAAGCUGGGUGAUGCUCGGCCGGUGAGGAACAACCCCGUCAUUGGUGAGGUUUGGAUCGCCGAGUUCGACUCGGAAACCGUCAAGGGCACCUUCAAGGCUGUCGCUGCCCAGAUCGGCAUCAACUACACCAUUGAUAUUACCGGCUUGCCAGAGGAGAACGGACCUUACAACUACCACAUCCACGUCCGCGCUGUUCCCGAAAACGGCACAUGCGCCGAUACGGGCGCUCAUCUCGACUCAUACGUGCGUGGCCAGGAACCGCCUUGUGAGGCUUCGCUGCCUGCGACUUGCGAGGUCGGCGAUCUGUCUGGGAAAUUCCAUGAUCCAUACACUGCCACCAACAUCAUCCAGCUUGGGUAUAUUGGUAAUCGUGCGGUUGUUUUCCAUGAUAAGAGUUCGGCGAGGGUUGCUUGCGCCAACAUCAAGAAGGCGCCGGUUGCUGCGACUCCUUGA